ACACAGAGGAUUCUUCCAUAGUUUGGUCUGCAAAAAAGAUGUCUUACGUUGCUCUCUUUAGGCCCAUGGUUCCUUUGGCCCUCGCACUCCUUCUCAUAGGCUCGACGGGAGCACAAUUGGAGUAUGGGUUCUAUAAAAACUCAUGCCCCUAUGCAGAAUUUAUAGUUUUCGAAGAAAUGACCAAGAUCAUAGCAAAUGCACCAUUUCUUACCGGACCGUUCCUGCGGAUGCAUUACCAUGAUUGUUUCGUCCAUGGAUGUGAUGCCUCCCUUUUACUGAAUUCUACAAAUAACAUCCCUGCUGAGAAAGAUGCACCUCCAAAUCUACCCAUCCGAGGUUACGAUGUGAUUGAUGGCAUCAAGGCUAAAUUGGAGAUCGCUUGUCCAGGAAUCGUCUCCUGUGCAGACAUCUUGGCUAUGAUCGCUCGGGAUUCGGUGCAUUUGACCUAUGGACCAUACUAUGCAAUAGAGACUGGCCGAAGGGAUGGAAGCAGAUCAGUAGCCAACGAUACCCAGGGAAACCUGCAGCCACCAACCGCAAACUUCAGUACUCUGGCUACCACCUUUAUCCAAAAAGGUUUAACUGCCAAGGACCUUGUAGUUCUAUCAGGUGCGCACACCAUUGGGCAUUCACUUUGCUCAUCCUUCUCGGAUCGCCUCUACAACUUCACCGGCCAUCUCGACUUGGACCCGACGAUCGAUCCGACCUACGUACCGGAGUUGAAGUGCGAAUGUAAGCCUAAUGACAACACAACCCGGGUGGAAAUGGAUCCUGGGAGCGCCUUCAACUUUGACUUGGGCUACUACAAAGGCGUGGCCAGACGGAGAGGUCUCUUCACAUCUGACGACACUCUCCUUGAUAACCCUGAGACUAAAGCAUACAUCGAACGCCAGGUCAUGGCGACGCCAGACGAGUUCUUCAAAGAUUUUGCCGAGUCCAUGGUUAAAAUGGGAAGGAUUCAAGUCCUCACGCACGGCCAAGGUGAGAUAAGGAAAAGAUGUGCCUUUGUUAACUAGACCAGGUGUGAUCAAAAUGUCAGAAACUUUCGUUGUGCCGUUUAGUUUUAAUAAGCUUAGGAAUUCGAGUUCAGCCCCUUGGAUCCCAAGGUUGCUGAAAGGAAUUGGCUGCAAUAAGGCAGAGUUUCUCUAAUCCUCUGCUCUGUUUGAUAAUUUGUUCCGGUUGGUUGUGUAUCCAUUUACUUGAACAGUAAUGGAAUCGAUAUUAUUAAGAUUUA